CUUCCUGAAUGUCACUUUGAUCAUAAUGUUUUACGAAAGGCAGUUGUGCAAUGACAACAAUCAAAUUAUUGAUUUAUUGUGCACAACAACCAUGAAGCCUUAGCAAAAACAUUUAACGGCAGCUAUAAAGGAGCGGCAAGCGCCCCUCAUUGCAGUAAUUGCGGCUAAUCCAGUGGCGCGCACAGAGCGUUGCAGACAGUCUGCAUUUCUCGCUUCAACAUCUUUAAGCCAGUUAUCAGUGGAAAAUGUCCAGCAUUGAAAAUUUGCCGCCCCUUUUUGAAGACAUGAUGAAGCCUAGCAGCUUCUUUGACCGGGACUUUGACCUGGACAAGAUACUGAAGGACGACGAGACGCUGAGGUCACUCAUACCCAAUCACGGAAUCAAGUCCAUGCGAUGCACCAAUUUCCAACAACGCAGGUUUUCGGAUAAAACGGCAUGUGACGAAUCAAUUAUUCCAAUAAACGACGAAAACGGUUUCCAGGUGAGUGUUGAUAUGAAGAGCUUCAAAGAGGAAGAAGUAAGUGUGAAGACCCUGGGAAACCAAUUGAUCGUCGAGGGAAAGCAGGAAGCGAAACAGGGCGAAAAGGGAUUGUUGAAGCGGCACUUUGUCAGGCGCUACGUCAUUCCAGACGACGUCGAUCAAGAGAAAAUCCAGUGCGAGUUGACUGAGGAGGGCCAUUUGGCAAUCACCAUUGCCAAAAAGGAAAGCGAGCCCCAGGUGGAAAAAGUUAUCCCCAUUAUUGUAAGCACAAGCCGCAAGGCGCCAACCCAAGACGAGGACUUGUCUGAGAGCGCUGAGCCUCAGGCCACUGAUUUGGAAAACGAGGAUGAGCAAUAAAUGUUGCCGAAAAGAUGUUCUACUUUCAUUCUUAUUUUUCUUAAUGUGAUAAAUUUAUUUUACUUUUAAUUGAAAAUUUUUUUUUUUAAUAAAAUCAUUCAAAGAAAAUCUGGUGAAAUAAUUUAAAUAAUUCCUAGUUUAUGAUGAUUGCACAUUUUUUUAAAUCAAGCUAAUUGCAGCAACACGCAGCGCUCAUAAGCUACGCAGGUUGCCUAUGUAAGACCAAAAUAAAAACUAUUUAAUGAACUUAAUUAAGUUGCUAAUCAUACAGAAUGAUAGUGACACUGAAGCGUGGAUUUUUAAAGCUUGAAACCGUUGAAUUAAUAGCAUUAGUCUUUAUUUAUAGAUGAUGACAAUUAAGAAAUGGCAUAAGUAA